UACGUCAGAAAAACAGCAACAGUCAGAGUUGUGAAGCUGCAAAAGUACUCUUAACAUCCUGUUUUAGUGCGCCAUGAAGCCGACGAGACUGCUUCUACUUCUCUGUCUGAUCGGACCUGUGUUUGCCGUAGAAGCUCCUGAUGUGGAUUGCUUGGUUAUCAAUUUGAAAUAUGUUUCCUGUACCUGGAAUAAGAAGGAGACACCAAAGGUCAACUACACCUUCUAUAGUAGUUUCUUCAAUAAGGAAAAAAAAAGCUGCCCACAGUAUUUGACAGAGAACAACAUGAACAUUGGCUGUAUCCAGCCAUGUGAGUCUGGCGACAGAUUCCUGACUUUUAACACCAUGCUGGUACAUGGCAAUGAUAGCUUUAAGGAGACACAUGGACUUAAAAACCGAGUCAAGUUAAAUCCACCAACCAACCUGACUGUUCUCAAUGGAUCAGACUUUAACUUGUGGUUUUACUGGAACCACACUUCUCCCGCUCGUCUACACUGUGUGGAGAGUGAGGUCCGCUUCAGGACAAACAACAAUAAGUGGGAGUUCUCUAAAGUUAGCGCCGGGAUACAGAAAUACUGCAUCAACUCGCCCUCGGGCAGUUCCCGAUAUGAGCUGCAAGUGCGGAACAGAAUAGAUGAAAGCUGUGGAUCGUCUGAUUUCUGGAGUGACUGGAGUGAACCUGUGUUCUGGGGAUCCAACAACAGCACAGACUCUGACUCAGUGCCUGGGUGGAUGACAUUGCUCUAUGUGGUGGGUGCCAUCACCCUCAUGCUGCUGGUGGUGAUGUUACUGCAACGUGAAAGGCUCAAAAUCAUCCUGAUCCCUGCAGUUCCCAAACCAUCCCCGAUUCUUCAUGACAUUGAGGACUGGUUUCAGCUCUCCAGAGGUCUGAAAGAGAAUUUUAAAGCAAGCUACAAUGAGCAGGUCUGCCCUGUGCGUGAGUACAACUACAUCUCUCAGUCUGACAGCAUGAACUCCACCUCCUCUGUCAGCACCGACCAAACCGACUGCUCUGUGUCCAUCGAUGUGAACGAUCCAGAAGAUCUGUACGUCCCCUUGUCCUCUUCCAGCUCCCAAGUUCCAUCUGAGGAGGUGCAGCAGGUUUCUGACUUUCGUCAGUUUAACUCAGACCUGGGGGGGGCGGUUAACUCAGGCAGGAAUUGGACAGCUGAGCAAAUCAGAGGUUCAAAGAGAGUCAAGAUGGAAGUCAAAUCCACUCAAACAGAAGCAGCUGAUGGGUUAAUAGAUGGCAUGUCCAAAGAAGCAUAUGAGCUCAUGGUCAAAGAAACUCCAACUUCCACCUACUGGAAAGAGGUAGCAGAGGAGCAACAGAAAGCACUGUACAAUGUUCUACAGGAGAAUGAGAAGCUCCACAAAAGCAUAGACGACAGAGAUGAGCAGAUAACGAAGCUUCAGAGUGAAAAUGAAGAGCUGCAGGAGCUUGCUCAACAUGUCCAGUACAUGGCUGACAUGACUGAGAGACUGACUGGGAAAUCUCCUGACAAUCUGGAUGAGCUCAGAGGAAUUGCCCUUGAUGAAGAUGAGGCUGAACAUGAAGACUACGACGACUUGGCAGAUCAGAUCAAGUUAAACCCACCAACCGACCUGACUGUCCUGAAUGGAUCGGACUUUAACCUGUGGUUUUACUGGAACUACACUUCUCCUGCUCACUUACACUGUGUGCAGAGUGAGGUCCGCUUAAGGACAAACAACAAUAACUGGGAGUUCUCUAAAGUUAGCGCCGGGAUACAGAAAUACUGCAUCAACUUGCCCUCAAGCAGUUCCCGAUAUGAGCUGCAAGUGCGGAACAGAAUAGAUGAAACCUGUGGAGAGUCCAUAUUCUGGAGUGACUGGAGUGAGCCUGUGGUCUGGGCAUCCAACAACAGCACAGACCUGAGUCCAAUUGAACACAUCUGGGACAUCAUGUCUCGCUCCGUCCACCAACGCCACGUUGCACCACAGACUGUCCAGGAGUUGGCAGAUGCUUUAGUCCAGGUCUGGAAGGAGAUCCCUCGGGAGACCAUCCGCCCAGAUGUUACGCGGGCUUACAUCCUGUUUCUAUUCGCCACGAUGUCGACAAGAUUACUUCUCCUUCUUUAUCUGACAGGACACGUAUUUGCCCAAAAAUCACCAGAUGUGGAUUGCUUGGUAGUGAAUCUGGAGUAUAUUUCCUGCACAUGGAAUAAGACCGGGACUCCUGAGGUCAACUACACCUUCUACAGCAAGUUGGGCAAUGACCAAUGGAAAAUAUGCAACCACUAUUUGACAGAGAACAACAUGAACAUUGGAUGUAAUCAGCCAGGAGAUAGAUUCAAAACAUUUAAAACUCGACUGAUAUAUGGCAACAAUAAUUUUGAGAAGAGUCACGAGCUUAAAAAACAAGUCAAGUUAAACCCACCAACCAACCUGACUGUCCUGAAUGGAUCGGACUUUAACCUGUGGUUUUACUGGAACUACACUUCUCCUGCUCCCUUACACUGUGUGGAGAGUGAGGUCCGCUUCAGGACAAACAACAAUAACUGGGAUUUCUCUAAAGUUAGCGCCGGGAUACAGAAAUACUGCAUCAACUUGCCCUCAAGCAGUUCCCGAUAUGAGCUGCAAGUGCGGAACAGAGUAGAUGACACCUGUGGAGAGUCCAUAUUCUGGAGUGACUGGAGUGAGCCUGUGGUCUGGGCAUCCAACAACAGCACAUACUCUGAUGAUUCGAUGUCUCCAUGGACGCCGGUGAUGUAUGUGGUGGGUGCCAUCACUCUCAUCCUGCUGGCCAUGAUAUUACUGCACCAUGAAAGGCUCAGAAUCAUCCUCGUUCCCGUGGUUCCCAAGCCAUCUCCAUUCCUGCAUAACAUCGAGGAUUGGUUUCAGUUCUCCAAGGGCCUGAAAGACAAUUUUAAACCGAACUACAACGAGCGUGCGUGCCCUGUGCGUGAGUACAACUAUGUCUCCCAGUCUGAUGUGGUGAGCUCCGACGGCUCCACCUGCUCUGUCACCACCGACCAAACCGACUGCUCCAUCGAACAAGAUCCAGAAGACCUGUCCGCCCCCAUUCCCUCUAACCCAGUUUCAUCUGAGGAGGUGCAAAAAGCUUCCGUUUAGGAGCCAUGUUUGGAUUUCACAAACAUGAAUCAAAAAACCUCCUGCAUGACUGCAAGAGAUACCUUAAUUUGACUAAAUAAACGGUAUGCCCAAUAGUUACUAUCAGAAGAACCCCAAUAAUUGGUUCAGGAACCUAAUUUGAUCAAUGCUUGUUAUAGAGGUAAAACCAAAGCAUGCGAUUAAGAUUUUAGAAGUAAAUAAAGUUCAUAAAGAGUUUAAUAUGUUUUUAAAAUCCUUCAGCUCAGAAGUAUUUACGGUUACUCUUGAAAACAUUGUUUAGACUCUAAAUAUUUGACUAAUUGAUGCUUUGAUGUACGCAUAAUCCUUUGUUGACUUCCUACAUGAGCACCAGGAACAAUCCCUCAAACUGGGGGUUUUUUUCAUUUGAAUCAUUUUUUUCUAUUUUUGUUUUCUUUUUAAAGCAGGAACGAUUCUUGAAGUGUUCAUUUGGAGAGACACAGUAUUGUGUCCCGUAAGCUGAGCUGAAAGUAAUUACAUAUUAAUACAUACAAGCCCAACUUUACUCAGUGGAAAGUAAGGAGUUUAACUUAAGUAGUGCAGCUACCACCUCGAGGAAAAGAUAAGAUAAGAUAAGAUAACCUUUAUUAGUCCCACACGUGGGAAAUUUGUUUUGUCAUAGCAGGAAGUGGACAGUGCAAAAGUUAUGAAGUGAAUUGUGGGUUUUCUUAUUGAAAACCCACAAUAAGAAUAAGUAAAGGUCUUUGUGCUUCAGGGCAGCUUACAGUAGCUUUUUUAUUCUACUGUGAAAACUGAGCUUGGAAAUAUUAUUAUAUUUUUGAUAAACAUUCACAUUUUGAGGUUACUGAAAAAAGUGUAGAAAUAUAUACUUACAUACUUUGCUCAAUAAUCUUUUUUGUCACAUGUAAACCGUUAAAACUGUAGAAUAAGCAGGGAACAGCAAACACUCCCUGCAGAUUUGGACAAUUUGAAAACAUGAUAUCUUACUAUUUUUAACCAAACACCUUACUGUUAAUGUUACAGUAUAUGUAUGAAUGAUACAAUCGUUUACGUACUCGCUACGUCCAGAUGAACAGAUUCAACUUUUGGAGACUCGCUAAUAGUGUUAUUGUAAAACUUAUGCCGAAAAUGUUUUGUAACAGACAAACAAAUAGAUGUGUUUGGCCAUCAUUCAUACUCUCCUAAUAUCACACUUUGUCUUUAGUUAACAACCAAAUUAUCAUUUUGUUGAUUUAAAAAAAAAAUCUUUUUAUCAUUUUUAUAAACAUGUGUAACUGCUGUGCUCUUUCUAAGGGUUUAAAAACAUUGAAAAACAAUAAUUUUCUCUACCUGUAUACAAAUAUAACUUCAAUGAUAUCUAUUUAAAACAAUUUUGUUGUACUUUUUCUUUGCCUUAAUGUUUUUUGUUACCUUUAUUUUUGUGUCAUAUAUAUUUUUUGCUAGCUUGCACAUUACCUCCCUCUGGCCCUUGUACGUCUCUACUUCUGUUUUUAAAAAAUAAAUAAAUAAAUACAAA